UUUCCUUGUCAAACUUUUCAGGUUUUGCGCUGGGGGAAGGCACAAAAUGAUCUAGACAGACUGAAGUUGAGGUUGUCUCAGUUAUAUUAUCACAACCUUGUCCAACUCUCUGAACCAGUAGAAGACCUAAAAGAAUGGUUGGAUGCUUUAGCUUCGUCGAACAUCCCUUGUGCUGUUGUUUCAAGUGUUGACCGCAGAAACAUGGUUGAGGCUUUGGAGCGAAUGGGGCUCAAGAAGUAUUUUCAGGCAAUUGUGUCUGAGGAAGAUGGUAUGGAGUCCAUAGCCCAUAGAUUCCUUUCAGCAGCUGUAAAGUUGGACCGAAAACCGUCCAAGUGUGUCGUGUUUGAGGAUGACCCCAGGGGAGUAACUGCUGCUCAUAAUUGUACAAUGAUGGCUGUAGCAUUAAUUGGUGCUCAUCCAGCAUACGAUCUUGGGCAGGCUGAUCUCGCAGUUGCGAGCUUUAAUGAGCUUUCUGUAAUCAAUUUGCGGAGAUUAUUUGCUCACAAAGGUUCGAGUUUCAUGGAAUUGGAAAAGCAGAUAAUAGAGACGACUCCUUCGCGAAGAAAGCUCACUAUUGACACUAUAUUCUGAUUUUGCACCCAUCCCCAUUUUGCUCUCUCCGUCUCUGUCAUUCGAUCAUUGUAAAUUUUGUAAUUUAAGGGGGUAGAUCAUCUUGUGAUAUCCUCUCUUUCUCUUGGUCUGUGCAUUUUUCUUUUUCUUUUUUAUUUUUCCUUUGGUUUUAUAGUGAAAAGGCAAACAAUUUACAAUAAAAUGUAUGUGAAAUCUGCUCUGGUGGAUGAAAUCUCACAUUUAAAUAA